AUGCCGUUCCUGGAUUUCCAGUCUGCCACCUGCCCUGCAGAUUUCAGACUUGCCAGCCUCACAAUCAUAAAAUGUGGGCCCCCUCUGUUGAUUGCCAAAGGAGACAUUACCUCAUUCCCAUUAUCAGUAUAUGCUCCAGGAUCAUAAGUCGAGUACCAAUGCUAGGCCUUGUAUGUACUUUGGGGAAACAGAAAUAUAGUAUGCAGUAAUGGACAGUGGUCAGAAUCACUGAAAUGCUUAGAGGGAUGUGUGAUAUCAGAAGAAAUCAUGGAAAAACAUAACAUACAUUUACGAUGGAUCCAUGAGAAAAAAUUUUAUUCUAAAACCGGGGAUACUAUUGAAUUUAUAUGUAAACAUGGAUAUUGUAGAAAGACAUCAUUGCAAACAUUUCGAGUAAACUCUCAGGAAAGGAAACUGACAUAUCCCAUUAGUAUAUGAUGCAAUGGUUAAAAUGCAGUCCUAAAAUUAAAAUAUGCACAUUUAUUCCAAAGUUUU